GCAAGCCUUGGGUUGUCUUGCCUCAGAGCACCCCAAAGUUGACAUCAUGAAGAUCCCCGUUCUUCCCGCUGUCGUUCUUCUCUCUGUCCUGGCGCUCCACUCUGCUCAGGGGGCAGCCCUGGCCAGCUCUGAGGAAGAAACCACCAUUGGUAAUUAUGCGGCAGGACCCGAGGCCUUUAAUGCCCAGUUCCUGAACAUUGACAAGUUGCGAUCAGCUUUCAAGAACGAUGAAUUCCUGAACUGGCACGCUCUCUUCGAGUCUAUCAAAAGGAAACUUCCUUUCCUCAACUGGGAUGCCUUUCCUAAGCUGAAAGGACUGAGGAGUGCAACUCCUGAUGCCCAGUGACCUGCCCCUUUGAGACCCAGCGCUGCUGAUGCCACUGAAAGACUGGGCUACUGAUCACCAUCCCUUCCUUGAUCACCCUUUGCUGCUUCAGUAACUCCAAUAAAACGUUUUCCAAACAAACA